AAGAGCUGAAGAGAAAAGAGAAGGUAGAGAUUUGGAGAGAUUACAUGCUGCACGUUAAGAAUUAUUCCAAUUGGAUAUUCGAAUAUCCAUUUCUAACAUAUCCCAAAUUUCAAAACAUUUACAUAUAUAAUACUUUCUUUUUAGCUUAUUAAAACGCACGCACUGAAUCUCAAAGCUCAGCCAACAGAACACAACGACAAUCCUGCCACAGAUUAUUUAUAGGUUGAAGAUUUUGAAUUUGGUGUAUAAUAUUAGAGGGAAUCAAAGUAAAGCAUGAGUUCAUUGACUGAGAAUGCACCUGAAGAAACUUGCAAUAACAAGCCCCCAGGAAUUAAGUUUGUGGAGUACAUAAAAAGGUCUCCAGUUUCCUUUAAAACCCACCAAGCAAUUGUUCUGAUUGUGACAUUUUUGGCAUACGCUAGCUACCAUGCUGCCAGAAAAACCACAAGUGUUGUGAAGAGUUCCCUUGAUCCCCAAUCAACAAAGUUGGGCUUGAAUUUUGCACCAUGGAGGAUAACAUACGUUGAUGCUCCCCCAGAAAGCAGAAAGCUUUCUUGGGCUCUUGGAGAUGGUUGGGCACCGUUUAGUGGAUCGGAUGGAACAGUGCUUCUCGGGGAACUUGAUGUUGCGUUCCUCGCUGUUUAUGCCAUGGGAAUGUAUUUUUCUGGUCAUCUUGGGGAUAGAUUGGAUUUGAGGAUCUUUUUAACAGUUGGAAUGGUAGGAACUGGUGUGUUCACUUCCCUAUUUGGUCUUGGUUACUGGGGAAACAUCCAUAGUUUUUACUACUUCCUUAUAAUUCAAAUGGCUGCUGGUCUGUUCCAAUCAACUGGUUGGCCUUCAGUGGUUGCAGUAGUUGGUAAAUGGUUUGGAAAGAAGAAGAGAGGCCUUAUAAUGGGAAUUUGGAAUGCUCACACAUCUAUUGGAAACAUCACUGGUUCUUUGCUAGCUUCUGCUUUAUUGAGCUAUGGAUGGGGCUGGUCCUUUGUUGUGCCUGGUCUGUUAAUAGCAUUUGUUGGCUUGGUGGUUUUCUUCUUCUUACCAGUGAGUCCAGAGGCUGUAGGAGCUAAUGAAAUUGAACCACAGCAGCCAAUGAAAAUUGGGGAGUCAAUGGAGGUACCAUUGUUGAGGUCAGAGAGAGUGGAAAAUGACAAAGCUGUAGGAUUCCUAGAAGCAUGGCAAAUUCCAGGUGUUGCUCCGUUUGCUCUUUGCCUAUUCUUUGCCAAAUUGGUCGCUUACACAUUUCUCUAUUGGCUUCCUUUCUACAUUAGCCACACAGCUAUAGAUGGCAAAUACUUAUCCAAUGAGACUUCUGGAAACCUGUCUACAUUGUUUGAUGUUGGAGGUGUAGUUGGAGGAGUCCUAGCCGGUCACAUUUCUGAUCGCCUUAACGCAAGAGCAAUAACAGCAGCGAGUUUCAUGUACUGCGCCAUUCCUGCUCUCUUCUUCUACCGUAGCUAUGGACAUUUGUCUUUAACUCUAAACAUUGUGUUUAUGUUCAUAACGGGAAUGUUUGUGAACGGGCCAUACGCUCUUAUAACAACCGCGGUAUCAGCUGAUCUUGGUACACAUAGUUCGUUGAAAGGGAAUUCGCGAGCACUUGCAACUGUAACAGCAAUCAUAGAUGGAACAGGCUCGGUUGGGGCUGCAAUUGGGCCCUUGCUAACUGGCUACAUUUCUACUAGGAGUUGGAGCUUAGUUUUUACAAUGCUGAUGGGGGCAGCCCUGAUUGCAGGAUUGUUUCUUACUAGGCUUGUUGUGAGUGAGGUGACUGAGAAGAUUCAAGAAGCUAGAUCGCAAGGGGGAUCACCCACAACGAGAUCUUCUUCUUCUCCAAUUGAAGAGGUAUGAUGUAGCCAACAAUGAUUUGUUUACACAUGAGCAAUUGUAAAUAUGUAUGUUUUUGUGUGAUUGAUUUCUUGUCAAAUGCAAGAAAAAGAAAAGUAUAAUUUGUUAUUUACGUACAUGGAGAGGAUUUUUUUUAGCCUUCUCCUUGAUUUUACUUUAUGCUAUAGAGGGAGAUUUUCAGUGAAAGGGGGACAAAACAAAAGGUUGUUGGGUGAGGGGAUAGAGUGUUGUGUGUUUGUUUUAUUUAGCUCUCUGUACAUUUUUGUACAAAAUUUUGUGUCACAUUCAAAAACCAAUAAAAAUUUCAUCUAUUCAUGAUUA